AUGAAGGUCCUCCUUCUGCUCCUUCUCUCCCCUCUCCAAGGGGUGGGAGCCAGUGGCCACCGGGAAGAGGAUUUCCGCUUCUGCGGUGACCGAAACCAGACCCAGAACAGCUCCAUCAUCUACGAGCACGGCCCUGCCACCAUCUCCAUCGAGAACACGGCCCAGGCGCUGAUCAUAAAGAGGCCCUUUUUGCCAAGCAGGAGAAACUCUUACUACAAGUACCGCUUGCCCCCCACUUUGGGCAGGUACCGCUUCUGCGUCUACUGGUUCAAGGUCAACAGGACCCUGAGGCUGGCGUACGGGAAACAGAGCUUCCUCCUGGGUGGGGACCCAUCCAGCAGCAUCAGCCGGGGGAAGGAGGGUCAGAACACUGAAAGAACCAACACCUCCAUCUUCAACGUGUCCUACAUCUUAAAGGGUGGGAAGAACACCUCUCUUGACAGUGCAUCUGAAUACUUCUUCCCUGAGCUGCUCCCAGUUGGUUCGGGGCAUGGGGAAGCCAGCUCUGCCCAUGCAUCUCAUGGCAUUUCCUUCAUGUGUCCAUCAGCCUCUCCAGAGACCAUGCCUGUCUGGGAGCAGGACGUGGAGACACAGCUCACUGCGUUGAACAGCCUCAUCACCCAGCCCCUGGCACCUGCCAUGGGAGCCCCGGAGCAGCAGAUGCUUCGGAGCAAGCUUGCAGAGCUGGAGAAGACGCUGGCCAAGGUGGAGCUUGAAGGGCAGAACCAGACCUUUGGGAAUGCCACGGUGCAUGCGACCGUCCUGAGGGUCCAGCCCACUCAGACUCCUCAACACCUGGCCUUUGCUUCCCAAAGAGAGGAGGGUGGGGCGGUCCAUGGGUUCACGGUGGACCUGCCAAGCAGCCUGUUUGUGAUGGUGAAGGAGAGGGAGGAGAUGGUGGAGCACAGGGUGCUCCUCAUGGACAUCAACAGCCAGACCAUGUUCCAGGAUAAAAACAGAAGCCAUGUCCUGGGUGACAAGGUGGUCGGCAUAUCCCUAGUGGACAUGGUGGUAGCCAACCUCUCUGAUCCAGUGGUCCUCACUUUCUUCCAUGACCAGCUGCCGAGGAACGUGACCCCGCUGUGUGUCUUCUGGCAGGAGGACACCACCGCCAGCUCUGGCAGCUGGGACAGCUAUGGUUGUACAACGGUGACGGGGGGUAGCCAGACGGACUGCAGAUGCAACCACCUCACCUACUUUGCCGUGCUGAUGGUGUCCUCCCCAGAGAUCACCUACAUACACAGGGAUUACCUGAGUAUCAUAACCUACAUCGGCUGCCUGAUCUCAGCUUUGGCAUCUAUUUGCACCAUCUUCUUCCUCUACUUCAGAAGCAAGCAGCGAGACCAGAUCACGAGCAUGCACAUCCACAUGAACCUGCUGGGCGCCAUCUUCCUCCUGGACGUCACCUUCCUCAUCUCUGAGCACUUGGCUUCCAGCAGCAGCGAGGCAGUCUGCAGAGCAGGGGGGCUGUUGCUGCACUUCUCCCUCCUGAGCUGCCUCACCUGGAUGGGCAUCGAGGGCUACAACCUCUACCGACUUGUGAUUGAAGUCUUCAAUGCCUACCAUGACCACUUCCUUCUCAAGCUCUGCCUGUUGGGCUGGGGACUCCCCUUCUUCUGUGUGACGCUGAUCUUCCUGGCUAGCUGGACAAACUACGGCCCCUUCUCCAUUCCCAUUUAUGAAUCUGUUGGUGGCAAAUCCACCAACGCAAUCAUAUGCUGGAUCACAAGCCCCCUGAUCCAUAACGUCGUGAACCUGGGUUUCUUCAGCCUGGUGUUCCUCUUUAACUCGGUCAUGCUGGGGGCCAUGGUCCGGGAGAUCCUCCGGCACAACAAGAAAGGCCACAAGCUCAAGCAUGUCCUAGCCCUCUUUGGGCUGAGCAUCCUGCUGGGCAUCCCCUGGGCACUGGUCUUCUUCUCCUUCACCUCUGGCAUCUUUCGCCUAGUGUCCCUUUACAUCUUCACCAUUGUCAACUCCCUCCAAG